GUAGAUGCACACACCUUUACGCUCGACUCUUUUUUCCGUAUCAUUUUCUCCCCACAACAAAUACUAAAAUUUUACACUAUGGUUGCCACGGCAAACGGAUCCGGCAAGCCCUACAAGUUCCUAAUUUACGGCCGCACCGGAUGGAUUGGUGGGCUCCUCGGUAAGCUUUGUGAAGCUCAGAAGAUCGAAUACGUUUACGGGUCGGGUCGGUUGGAGAACCGGCCCUCCCUUGAGUCCGACAUCGCCUCGGUGCAACCGACCCAUGUAUUCAACGCCGCCGGUGUUACUGGCCGGCCUAAUGUCGACUGGUGUGAAUCCCACAAGGUGGAGACCAUUAGGACAAAUGUUGUCGGCACGUUGACGCUUGCUGAUGUAUGCAGGGAGAAGGGAUUAGUUUUGAUAAACUAUGCCACUGGAUGUAUUUUUGAGUAUGAUGAUUCGCAUCCGCUCGGGUCGGGUAUCGGGUUCAAGGAGGAGGACACUCCGAAUUUCAUCGGAUCCUUUUACUCCAAGACGAAAGCAAUGGUGGAGGAUUUACUUAAGAACUACGAGAAUGUCUGUACACUGCGAGUAAGGAUGCCCAUCUCAUCUGAUCUAUCAAACCCUCGCAAUUUCAUUACCAAGAUCACUAGGUAUGAGAAGGUGGUGAACAUUCCCAACUCCAUGACAAUCUUGGAUGAACUCCUACCAAUAUCCAUUGAAAUGGCAAAGAGAAACCUCACUGGGAUAUGGAAUUUCACUAAUCCUGGAGUCGUCAGCCAUAAUGAGAUUCUGGAGAUGUAUCGUGAAUACAUAGACCCUAAUUUCACUUGGAAGAACUUCACUCUCGAGGAACAGGCUAAGGUAAUUGUUGCUCCAAGGAGCAACAAUGAGCUUGAUGCCUCCAAACUGAAGCAGGAAUUCCCUGAACUCUUAGGUAUUAAGGAAUCCCUUAUACAGAAUGUCUUCAAGCCAAAUCGAAAGGCCCCUGUAGCUUGAAAAUUAAAGGUUUGAAUUUAUAAUUUCGAGUGUUGUUCAUGUGGGUUGUUUCAAUAUCUUCGCCACGUGAAUCUGUUCCCAUGUUAUACGCAGUUUUUUCCAGUUAUGUAUUGAUGAUGUAUUUUAUCAGUUGUGUUGGUCAAUAAAUGAGCGGACAUGUUACAUUGAUUUAUACAUGAAAUUGAUCUUA